UUUUAUUUUGUAAAAAAUAUUUAAGGCUGCCAUUUUGAAGUCGACUUCUAGUGUAUGGGAUUUCCUCGUACAAAAUCACUGCAUUGGCCAUGUGUGUAUUUUGAUGACUUGAAAAUAUACAAAUAAAAUUGUCAUAUUUUGUAGUAUUUUGUGUUGGAAAUUUUACUUAUGGCCAGUGUAGAUUCUGAAGAGGGAAAAAGUCAAACGGAAAGCGAUGAAAUGCAAAAACAUGUUGAUAAAACAGAACUUGUUUCAGAAAAUGGUAAAAACUUAAAAUGGCUGCUUUGUCCUCACUGCGAUUCCAAGGUGUUGCAGCCAAAUAAAGGAGAGUACUUGGAAAAAGAAGUGAGUAUGUUGAGGUGAUCAGGGGCCUGAGUGAGUUAUCAGAAAUAAUGCUCAUAAUGCACACAGCACCCCCCCCCCCCCUGGAUAAAUGACCCGAUCUAUAUAAACUAGCUAGAAUAGCGCAAUCUAUACUUGUAAUAGUCAGGGGGGGGCAAAUCAUGCCUGAUAUAUUCUGACAGGUAUCUAAAAAUUACUUUUCAAACCAAGGUACUAUAUGCAUGAACACAGGCUGCCAAGAGGUUGCACGGGACCUAGGGAAAACUCUUUCAAGAGCCCCUAUGACAUCAUACUUGUAAAACAGGAGAAGUGGUGUUUUACAAUAUAUUGCACUUUAUUGCAUAUUAUCUUGCACUAACACAGCUAGGAUUUAUAUUCUCGGUUAAGCAAGUAUCAAGAAAUUUAAGGGACUUUGUUGCUUUGGGGGCCCCUUUUGAGUUUGGGGGCCGGGGCAAGAUGGCUAACAAGACACAUUCUCUUAAUUUGGCAGAUCGUUUGGUUAACCCAUUAAAGCACAAGAUUUUUCCCUUAAUGAGUAAAAUUGUCUGAUGUUAGACAGAGUAAAAUAAGUAGGGCUUAAUGCAGCUUAGUGGGUCAAGAAAGAUGAGUCAUCAGAUCUGAAAACCAAACUAUCUAUUCAUUUAGUAUGUCCUACCAUUUACAUCAGCGAAACAUGGUGAACCUAAAGAAUCAGAGCGUGAGACACUUUCUCAAUUCUGGUUAGUGAUAGACAUGUAUACUUUUGAAAAUGUUGGCUUUUCAAAAACUGUUAACACGACGAAGUAUCUGAUAUGUGCAGACUGUGAGAUAGGUCCAAUUGGCUUUGUCAACCUGGAGGAUAAAACUAAGCAUUAUAUUGCUUUAAGUCGGGUUAAACAUCAAUGAUGGAUGUCUUUCAACAUAUUUCAUUAUGUAAUAAUAUUUUAGGCAUAAUAUGAAAUGAAUUUAAAAAUCUUGAAAAUGUUGACAAAACUGCUUUUGGUAUGGAAUUGAACUAGGUAUUGGAUCUACAUUUGGAACAUUGUGAAGAACCUGUACUGUAAGCAAGGGUUUCUCCUCAAAAGCUCGCUAUUUAUUAUUAGGCCAAUACAGGAAGGGAAGGAUAGGGUGCUGGGUGCAAUGAUUUGCACUCCUUGUGCUUAUUCCGAACACACUGGAAUUCCAAAUCCACAGAAUCGCGUAAAAGCCAUGCAUUGUCAGAUAUGUUUUUGCACUAGAAAGUAACACAAUAUGAAAAUGACCAAUGAAAUUUGGAGCAUGAGAGAUGAAGGGGCAUAUGUUCUAACACAAUGGGCCUAUUACCUAAUGAACAAAAUUUUGAUCUAGACAAAAAUUUCAUCACAGCUUGAAAGAGCAUCCCAAAUUUAGUGAUAUUCCAACGUUUCGUUGCAAAAUGUUGUAAAAUUCCAAUUAGGUUAAUAUAGCCCUGCAAAGUUUGCCGUUUUUCAGUCAUUUUGUAUUAUACACGCAGGAAAUUGAUACCUUUUUUCAGAAAGCGGUAUCAAUUUCCCAUGCGUAAUACAAAACAACUGAAAAACAGCAAACUUUGCUGGUUAGGUAAUAGGUCCAUUGGCAAUUAAUGCAUAUGUUAUUGUGUCAUGGAUAUAAAACAUUUUCUACAGUUUUAGAAAGUCCCUUAUGCUUCAUAAUUUUGAUUGAUUGAAAUAAAAUUAUAUAAUGUAUGGGGUAUGGUUUUUAUGAAUAUAUUUUGCAUUGCACCUUAAUUAAGGCACAUGGGAUAAAUUGCACUUCUUGAUAAGCUAAGGCAUGUGUGAGCGAUCACACGUCAUUCCCAGGGUGGCCCACAGUCCAGUACACAACACAUCAAAUAAAUUCAAUAACAAACUUUUUCAUAAUCUUUAUAUUUACAAAUUUUACAUAAUCUUAAUUUCUAUGUAAUAAAUAUAUCACUAGCUGACACUUCUAGUAGUUCAUCCAGGUUGGGUGUAUGUAGACUAUGUCACUUCUCUAGGCUAUAGCAUACAUGUCCUUACUGGAACUAAUUUUCAGGAAACUAAAAUAACCGUAGGAUAUAUAACUCUAUUCAUUUGGUAGUUUAUAAAUUAUGUGCAUAUCACAUCAAUACAGUAUAUGUUUGUCAUAAUUUUUCUUCUAUCAUACAUGAAACACUUCAAGUCUGUUCCUCCUAGAGUGUUGGGAGCUCUGUAGGAGCCUGUGCCACAGCCUAGGAGCUCUGUAGUAAACAGGAAAGUGUAACAUGGCUAAGACUGUUGCUGUAUUCAUCAUCAUUAGAAAUCUGCUCUGGAUCAGAUCUGAUCAGGUGUUUGACCCAUAUCCAAUCCGGAGCAAAUCAGAUUUGAUUUCCACAUCUAUAAUGCAUGAAGUAUAACACUCGGCGAUACUGCUGACAAUAGUGUCAACGUCACACUCUGUCCUGAUUCCUGUAUAAUUCUUGAUACUUGUUUAUGGUUCAAACAUUUUACUUUGUGACUACCAAUUGCCAUUAUGAUGUCACCAGCUUGUAUUCCAGCGUGCUGCAAUGAAAAAUGUACAAUCAGUUAAUGAUAGUAAUAAUAGGCUAUCAAAAUGCAUCAUUAACCUUGAUAAUGUCUAGAAUACCAAGCGAAAUCUAUAAAAGCUCACUGUAUCACCUCAUACCUGUCGUUUUGGACUAAUUUUACAAAUGAUGGUUGGUCCGCUACCACGUAUCGAUAUUCCCAGACCACCUUGUUCAUCUCGGGUUAUUGUGACUGUCUUAGGUGGGUGGUAUGCUAUUUUUGCAUUGAACACGUUCAGUGGACCCUG